AUGGCUGGAGUUUUCAAGAGAUUCCGAGCUCGGGAUCCUGUUGUUCCAGGCAGUAUUCCUUCACAGGAUGACUCUAUUGCAGAAUCACGUACUCCACCAGAUACCAUCGGAAGGGCAGAAGAGAAGGAUGACGCGGUGUCAACUGCUCGUGACAUACAAGAGGCAGAAACGAAUCGCAAAUUGACCGCAUUCGAGCAACUUCACAGAUGGGAUCCAAACCUAGGCCAAGAUCAACUAGAAGAAAUCGAUGACGCCAUCAAUAGGCGAGACGGUAAUGCUGAAGGAAGAAUCUAUGAUGAGGUCUUUGAGAACUCGCCAUAUCCUGAGGUUCGUGCAGCGGUUAGGAAUUAUGACGAAGAUCUUCCAUGUAACACGAUUCGAGCAUGGGUAAUCGGACUCGUUCUCAAUACCAUUGCAUCUGGUCUGAACUCUCUUUUUUCACUCCGAGCUCCUUCUUUGACAAUCACGUCCAUCGUCGUACAAAUGGUCGCAUAUCCUCUGGGGGUAGGCUGGACAAUGAUCUUUCCAGACCGGACCUACAGCACCUUUGGAGUAAAGUGGAAUCUUAGUCCAGGGAAAUUCAACAUGAAGGAACAUGGUCUCAUUGUAAUCAUGGCCAAUGCCGCAUUUGGUCAAGGGGUGGCAUAUUUUACUGAUACACUGACUGCCCAAAGAGGAUUCUAUGGACAAAACUUUGGUUGGGGCUUUAACAUCCUACUUGCACUCUCCACACAAUGUAUUGGGUUUGGGAUUGCAGGUAUGAUGCGGAAGUUUCUAGUUGAGCCCGCUUCUAUGAUCUGGCCGCAGAAUCUCGUUAGCACUUCUUUCAUUUAUGCCUUACAUGACCAUAGCAAAACAGAUCCUGCUAAGUCGAAUGGUUGGUCCAUAGCUAGAUAUAGAUAUUUCUUCUAUGUCUUUAUUGGAUCUUUUGUCUGGUAUUGGUUUCCAGGCUAUAUCGCACAGUUUUUGAGCGUUUUUUUCUUUUGUUACGUGGAUUCGACCGAACAAUGUUGUUCUCAAUCAGGAUACAACCUCCAGUCCCCACUCAUUCCACCUUGGUUUGCCAUUGCUAACACGGCUAUUGGUACUGUCUUUUGGUUCAUGAUUGUGACGGCUGGGAUUCAUUUCUCAGGACACUGGUAUGCUGAAUGGUUACCUAUUUCUGAUUCGAACAGUUAUGAUAAUACUGGUAAACAUUACAAUGUUACCAAGAUUCUAACUCCAGAGUACACACUUGAUAUUGAGAAGUAUAAGGAAUAUUCACCCUUAUUUCUUUCGACUACCUUCAGCCUGUCGUAUGGUCUUUCUUUCGCUGCUAUUGCUGCAGUAAUAUUCCAUACUAUCUUGUUUCAUGGUAAAGAGAUCUGGAUACUCGCUCGUGCUAUCCGCGGAAGCCUAGACGAUAACCAUACCAAAAUGAUGCGCAAAUAUAAACCCGUGCCCGGAUGGUGGUAUAUCGUCUUCUUCCUCGUGAUGAUGGCUAUGGCCCUUGCAGCUGUGUGCGCAUAUCCUACGCAUUUGACAUGGUGGGCAUUAAUCAUCGCACUCAUAAUUUCUAUGGUUUGGACCAUACCAAUUGGUAUAAUCUAUGCGACAACCAAUAUACAUCUCGGUCUCAAUGUCUUCACUGAAUAUAUACUAGGAUAUAUGCUUCCUGGUCGUCCAAUUGCUCUCAUGCUGUUCAAAACAUACGGAUACAUUACUAUGAAUCAAGCACAUGCUUUCUUAUCCGAUCUGAAACUCGCUCAUUACCUCAAGAUCCCUCAGAGACCAGUCUUUUGGGGCCAAUUGGUAGCAACGAUUUGGAGUUGCUUUGUUCAAUUGGGUGUUUUGGAGUGGGCGUUGGGUCAUAUUGAAGGUAUAUGCACCAGCGACCAGAAGAAUAAUUUUACCUGCCCUGGUCCGAGAGUCUUCUUUAACGCUAGCGUAAUCUUUGGAUUGAUUGGUCCUCAACGCAUCUUUAGCUCUGGAGCUAUCUAUGGCUCUCUCCAGUAUUUCUGGCUAGCAGGUGCACUUCUUCCCUUCAUCAUAUAUUUCCUCGCACGAGCUUUCCCGAAGUCGAAAGUACGAUUUUUCAGCGCCCCGAUAUUCUUCGGUGGUAUGUCAGAACUACCACCUGCUACACCACUAAACUACUUAAGUUGGUGUCUGUAUGGUUUCAUCUUUCAGAAAUAUAUCAAGAAUCGAUGGAGAGGAUGGUGGAUGCGGUUCAAUUAUAUCACGAGUGCGGGGCUAGAUGCUGGAUUGGCGAUCUGCACGAUUGUUAUUAUCGCAGCUUUGAAUUUGACGGGAACGGGAUUUCCUGAUUGGUGGGGAAAUAGCUCACCAAGGAAUACAAUGGACUAUCUUGAGACAGCAGUGCAGAGAAAGGUGGGCACUGGGGAGAUUUUUGGGCCACCAAAAGGAACCUGGGGAUAGAAGAAGUGCUUGUGUAUUCCUCGCAAUGGCCUCAGAUUUCGGAUGCAUCAUAUGGUAACCCGAGUUGACAGGAUGGAAACUACAAGUGGAGAAACUUAAUCUGGUGUGUUGACGAAUAUUGAUACACUACCUAAAAAGUCAACGAAGAAUAGGAAUACUUGUUUAUAAUAAAGACUUAGUCUAAUUGUUUAAUGCAAACAGA